GAAGUGGGUGUGGUAGGGACGGGAGCCGAGCGGGACCGCUGUGACCCCAUCCUGGGGCUUGGGGUCCGCAGGGUUUGGAGAGAUGAUCCCCCCGCAGGAGGCCUCCGCCCGGCGGCGGGAGAUCGAGGACAAGUUGAAGCAGGAAGAGGAGACGCUGUCCUUCAUCAGAGACAGCCUGGAGAAAAGCGACCAGCUCACCAAGAAUAUGGUGUCGAUUCUGUCAUCCUUUGAGAGCCGCCUCAUGAAGCUGGAGAACUCGAUCAUCCCUGUGCACAAGCAGACGGAGAAUCUGCAGCGACUUCAGGAGAAUGUGGAAAAGACCCUGUCCUGCCUGGACCAUGUCAUCAGUUACUACCACGUGGCCAGUGAUACUGAGAGGAUCAUCAGGGAGGGCCCCACAGGUAGGCUGGAGGAAUACCUGGGAAGCAUGGCCAAGAUUCAGAAGGCUGUGGAAUAUUUCCAGGACAAUAACCCAGACAGCCCAGAGCUCAACAAAGUGAAGCUGCUGUUUGAGCGGGGGAAGGAGUCGCUGGAGUCUGAGUUCCGCAGCCUGAUGACGCGGCACAGUAAGGUCGUCUCUCCUGUGCUCAUCCUGGAUCUCAUCAGUGGCGAGGACGAGCUAGAGGUCCAGGAGGAGGUGCCCCUGGAGCACCUGCCCGAGGGCGUGCUUCAAGACGUGAUCCGCAUCUCCCGCUGGCUGGUGGAAUAUGGCCGCAACCAAGAUUUCAUGAACGUCUACUACCAGAUUCGCUCCAGCCAGCUGGACCGCUCCAUCAAGGGCCUGAAGGAACACUUCCGGAAGAGCAGUUCUUCCUCUGGGGUCCCCUACUCCCCUGCUAUCCCCAACAAGAGGAAGGACACACCCACGAAGAAGCCCAUCAAGCGGCCAGGGACGAUCCGUAAGGCUCAGAACCUUCUGAAACAGUAUUCCCAGCAUGGUCUAGAUGGGAAAAAGGGGGGCUCUAACCUCAUUCCUCUGGAAGGUCACGAGCAUGAUUUCCGAGUUAAGCACCUGUCCGAGGCCCUGAACGACAAGCACGGGCCACUGGCCGGUCAGGAGCUGGGGAGAGCCACAUCCCUCCCCACAGAGAGGCUCAGGGGCCGUACCGUGCCCACAGGGAGAGACGACAUCCUGGACGUGGAGACUGAUGCCUACAUCCACUGCGUCAGCGCCUUUGUGCGGCUGGCCCAGAGCGAGUAUCAGCUGCUGACCGACAUCAUCCCCGAGCACCACCAGAAGAAGACCUUCGACUCCCUGAUCCAGGACGCGCUGGACGGGCUGAUGCUUGAAGGGGAGAACAUCGUGUCAGCUGCCCGGAAGGCCAUCAUCCGGCAUGACUACUCUGCCGUACUCACCGUCUUCCCCAUCCUGCGGCACCUCAAACAGACCAAGCCUGAGUUUGACCAGGUGCUCCAGGGCACAGCCGCCAGCACCAAGAACAAGCUGCCCAGCCUCAUCACCUCCAUGGAGACCACUGGUGCCAAAGCCCUGGAGGACUUUGCGGAUAACAUCAAGAAUGACCCAGACAAGGAGUACAACAUGCCCAAGGACGGCACUGUGCACGAGCUCACGAGCAAUGCUAUCCUCUUUCUGCAGCAGCUUCUGGACUUCCAGGAGACAGCGGGUGCCAUGCUGGCCUCCCAAGAGACCAGUUCUUCAGCCACCAGCUACAGCUCCGAGUUCAGCAAGCGGCUCCUGAGUACCUACAUUUGUAAAGUCCUGGGCAACCUGCAGUUGAACUUACUGAGCAAGUCCAAGGUGUAUGAGGACCCGGCUCUGAGUGCCAUCUUCCUGCACAACAACUACCACUACAUUCUCAAGUCUCUGGAGAAGUCUGAGCUGAUCCAGCUGGUGGCCGUGACCCAGAAAACUGCAGAGCGCUCCUAUCGGGAGCACAUCGAGCAGCAGAUCCAGACCUACCAGCGCAGCUGGUUAAAGGUGACCGACUACAUCACUGAGAAGAACCUGCCUGUGUUCCAGCCUGGAGUCAAGCUCCGGGACAAGGAGCGGCAGGUGAUCAAAGAGCGCUUUAAGGGCUUCAAUGACGGCCUUGAGGAACUCUGCAAGAUCCAGAAGGCCUGGGCGAUUCCAGACACAGAGCAGAGAGACAAGAUUCGCCAGGCUCAGAAAAACAUUGUCAAGGAGACCUACGGGGCCUUUCUGCACAGGUAUGGCAGCGUGCCCUUCACCAAGAACCCCGAGAAGUACAUUAAGUACCGCGUGGAGCAAGUGGGUGACAUGAUCGAUCGCCUUUUUGACACCUCCGCCUGAACCUGCUGCUAUUCCUGCCGGAUGCACCACUAACCAUGUUAUUGGACAGAUAAACCACUGUUAACUUGC